GAUACUGAAGCUGGUGUUGUGUUCUGAGAGCCUCCAAAUGGCACCCUGGACGCUCCGAACUGUGCUCGUAUGUGCUGUUUUGGCUGCAGCAGUUGGAACAGUCCGCUGCUCGACAGGCUGCAGUUGUACGCAGGAGAAGGUUGCCUUCACGCUGACUCGCUCGACCGACGAAGGCAGAAUCACCGGCUACAAUGACGACCUGAUCGUGACGUAUGACCACGUCAUCACUGACGUAGGAGGCAGCUUCUCGGGCCUAAAGAACCCCUCUGUCUUCACGUGCAAGGUGCCUGGCGUCUACAUGUUCAGUUUUACAGCUCUGGCGCAGAAGCAUCACUCUGCCUACAUCAAGCUUCUGAAGAACGGACAGUUUCAGACGGCGUUGUGGGCGGGGCGUGUCCAGGGUAACCAUGGCAGCGGCUCCAGCACAGCCGUACUGCACCUGCGCAGAGGGGACAGGGUGUGGCUGGCCAUCGGGUCGCCUGGAUACUACGCGUUGCAUAGCAACGAGAACCGCUUCGCCACAUUCACCGGCGUUCUGUUGUACCCCGACUAA